AUGACCCUGGUUUUUCAGUUGCUUGCUCUAGAUGAAACUAGAAGAUACAGAUGUGAGCUGUUGAAAACAAAUACGACCAUCCUUAAGAGUGUCAUUGAAUCGGUGCCUUGUUUUGGAGAAGGAAAAUAUGUGCUGUAUGAGUUCAAGAAGAUGUUUGGGGGAGAAUUUGCAGACAUUGUAGGAAACACAGAAGUUUUGGUGCGGGCUACUCAAAGGCUAAUGGAUACGGUUUUGGGGCCAGAUGCAUUGAAUGCUGAUGAUGAUGGAAAGAAACGAAAUGAGAUCUGGAGUAUUGUCCUUGGAUCCCUGCAGCUAAUUGAAAGCGAGACGAAGUUUGACCGGGGGGAAACAGGGCACAAAACGCCAUCAACCCACAAUUCAAGUGUGCGAGUGUGAAGCGAACACAGAAAUAGAUGUCUUGCAGAAAUCGAAAACCGGUACAGCCCCUACAUUAACGAUCCUAAAAGGAGAUGUCAACUGUGCUUACAUCACAAGAGACGAUGUAACCAUAAAAUGUUAUGGAGAUUGCUAUAUGGUUUAUAUUAUACAGCUUUUGGCUGUAAACUAUGUUUUUGACAUUGAUUACCCAAGACCUAUUGCCAUGUUCCUGGGCUUCCUUCAACAGUAAGUUGUCAAAAUGGACUGUGGUGCAUAGUGUUUCAAAUGAAUGUCACUUAGUCCAUUUCAGAGAAAUAAUUGUAUCACUCGAAACUGUUCAUACCGAUUUUUGAGGCAUCAACUGAACAAUAAUUUGUUACUGUUUGGUUUUGAGUUGAUAUUUAUCUUACAAAAUGUUUCACAUUAUGUUUUUAAUGCCAUAGUGAUACUAAAAAUUUGAUUCUAAGGAUAUGCA